AUGUCCGUGGAAUACAAUGAGGUCGACACGAAGGUGCACAACUACUGGAAAGAGCACUGCCCGGAUCUGAUCAUUCACGUUGGCGUGCACCCUGUAAAGAAGACGAUCAAGUUUGAGCAGCAAUCGUUCGGGGAUGGCUACUGCCGGGGCGAUGUGGCUGAGAAGUUGCCAGACAAUGGUAUGGCCCCAAAUUGCACUGUACACGGCGCCGAGUUGCGCUCGGGGAUCAAUUGUCUGGAUUUGGCGGAACGGGUGACCGGGGCCACUCGAGAAAAACACCCCGGGCUCACGAUCAUGGCCAGCGAGGACCCGGGCCGAUAUCUCUGCGGAUUCUCCUUCUACAUCUCGCUGUGCCACGACAAAUCGAAGGCGCUCUUCGUACACAUCCCGGAAUUUGAUGAGGAUGCAACCCUCGAGGCAAUCACCGAAGUUUUGCAGCUCGCAAUUAAAGCCAUCUUGGAAAAACAGGCGACUGUCCAGGAACAG